AUGGCGGUAGACAUAAAAGAUUUGUGUCGACUUUGUGCAAAGAAAGAACAUAUUUUAAAGGAUUUAAAUGACGAGAACAAUAAGAAUAUUUUAAAAAUGAUACACGAACUUCUACAAAUAGCAAUAUCUGAAAAUGAUGCUCUUCCUACAAAAAUAUGUCUCGACUGUGAAGAGAAAAUGGUGUCAUUCCAAUUAUUUGUUUUGGAGUGCUACAAGGUGCAAGAAAACUUCCAAGAUAUGUAUUUGAAUGAUCUAAGUCAAAAGUGUCAAUUAAAGUAUGAAACUGAUCAUGGUAACUCGAAUGAUGGAAUCCCGGAACUAAAGGCAGAGGUGAAAGAUGAAAUGGAUGACCUAGCAGCUUCAAUUGACAUGGAAUCAUUUUCUGGUGGAGACAUGGAAAUGAAUUUUGACAAUACAGAUAAAACUGACAGUGAUAGCAGUGAUGGUAUUACCCUUGCAUCUUUAAAACAAGGUAAACACAAAGAUGUAUCAAAGAAUAAGACUAAGAGAAGUCCUGGAUGUAUAAAGCAAAAAGAAAUCUCAGAUGAGGAUAGAGAAGAGUUGGAAAGGUUACUCCAUAAACCUAAAGCUAAAUUAAAGGACUUUAUUAAGCUACAGUGUGAAUUUUGUUCGAAAGUUUUUAAAUCAUGGAGUUCACUGCGAGUACAUUAUUUGAAACGACACUUGAGCAAGCCAAUAGCAUUUUGCAUAUGCGGUGUCGCUGUGACAUCUGAGUCCUCAGUUUACAAACAUGUCGCCGGACACAAGUCAGAGAGGCGGAAAAUAUUAAAAAAUACUGAAUUUAGUCCAAAGAUCAAAGUGUCAGAUUUAAUCAAAUUUAAAUGUGACGAGUGUGACAUAGAAUUUUCUAGUUGGUAUAAGCUGAAUUCUCAUACUAUGUGGAAGCAUAAAACGUCGCCAAUCGUGCGCUGCUCGUGUGGAAUCUCUUUGAAUUCCAAAACUGUUAUGUACAAACACAUCCAAGACCACAAGGCACCCGAUGUUUUACACUGCGAGAAGUGUCCGAAAACAGCGAAAACAUUUGAGGAGCUGAAAAAGCAUAAGUUGAGGCACGUGCCGAAAGCUGAAAGAUCGUUUUCGUGUUCGUCGUGCGACAAAGUGUUCGCGACGAGGGACCUCGCCAAAUCUCACGAAAAAUCUCAUAUACCCAUAGAGCAGAGGAAGGUCUUCGAGUGCGAAGUCUGCAAUGAGAAGUUCACGACGCGAUCUUCGGCGGCGUCCCACAAGCGGGUGGUGCACGACAAGAUCAAGAGCUACGUGUGCGACCUCUGCGGGUACGCGUGCGGCACGAACGGGGAGCUGCGGCAACACCGCGCCAUACACAGCGACGACAAACCGUUCACCUGCCGCAAGUGUUCUAAAGCUUUUAAGACGUAUUCGAACCUAAAGACUCAUAUGGACACACACGAAGAGACGUCGUAUGUCUGUUUCGUCUGUAGCCGGGUACUGAACAGCAGACGAACGCUACGAAAGCACCUUCUCGUCCACGACGAGAAGUGUAGCCACAUCUGUAACUAUUGCAACAAGGCUUUCAAGCGGCGGCAGACUUUAAAGGUGCACUUGGCUAUGCACACGGGAGACAAGCCGCUGUCGUGCAAAUGGUGCGACGAGCGGUUCGCGUAUGCGUCUACGCUGCGUUCCCAUCGACUGCGCGCGCAUCCUGAAAAGACUUCUGUGCAUUUUGCAAACAAUUAUAAUGCGCAGGUGCAACAAAUAUCACAGGAUUAUCUCAAAAACGAGGCUGUUACUGUAAAUAACAUAACGAAAGCGGAUAUACAGUAA